AUGGUAGUUGAUUAUUUAUAAAAAUCAUGUGAUUUCAUUCACACGCCAUUGACAAAUCUACCCUCUGCCUCACUCAAGAAACCCCAACACCCCAAGGACUUGUUAGUAAUUACCCAUCCCACUCCUGUUCGGACAUCUCAACAUAUCUCCCACAUAACUUUGACUCUGAUCUUGACUUCACUAACUCCCACCAGAUAAUGGGCAAUUGCAACGGCGUUCCGGCAACUGCCAACGGCGGCACCACCACCACCACCACCACCUCUAACUCCGCCACCUCAACUGAACAGCCAACACCUCACCAACAAACUCCACCUAAAACACUCAAUAUCCUCCCGGCAUCCUCACCACCACCGCCACGUCAUCCUCCGCCGGCGACCGUCGGCCGUGUCCUCGGCCGGCCACUGGAAGACGUCCGCGACACCUACACAAUCGGCCGCGAGCUCGGCCGCGGUCAAUUCGGCGUGACCUAUCUCGUCACACACAAAACCACGCGCCAACAGUUCGCGUGCAAAUCAAUCGCCAUGCGGAAGCUCAUCAACAAGGACGACAUCGAAGACGUCCGGCGAGAGGUUCAAAUCAUGCAUCACUUAACCGGUCACCGGAAUAUCGUGGAGCUUAAAGGUGCAUACGAAGAUCGGCACUCGGUGAACCUAAUUAUGGAGCUGUGUGCCGGUGGUGAGCUUUUUGAUCGGAUUAUUGCUAAAGGACAUUAUUCGGAGCGUGCGGCCGCUAAUUUGUGCCGGCAGAUUGUUACGGUGGUGCAUAACUGUCAUACGAUGGGAGUUUUUCAUCGAGAUUUGAAGCCGGAGAACUUUUUGCUGUUGAGUACGGAUGAAGACUCGCCGUUGAAGGCUACCGAUUUUGGACUUUCAGUGUUCUUUAAGCCAGGUGAUGUAUUUAGAGACCUUGUUGGAAGUGCGUAUUAUGUGGCCCCUGAAGUGUUGCGCAGGCAUUAUGGUGCUGAGGCGGAUAUUUGGAGUGCAGGUGUAAUUCUCUAUAUUUUACUCAGUGGUGUCCCACCAUUUUGGGGAGAAACCGAGCAGAACAUUUUUGAUUCGGUUUUACGUGGGAAUCUCGAUUUUGUGUCUGAUCCUUGGCCAAGUAUCUCAAGUAGCGCUAAAGAUCUUGUCAAAAAGAUGCUACAGUCUGACCCUAAAGCAAGGCUUACCGCGGUUGAAGUCUUAAAUCAUCCAUGGAUGAGAGAAGAUGGUGAUGCAUCAGAUAAGCCCAUUGAUAUUGCUGUUCUUUCAAGAAUGAAACAGUUCCGUGCAAUGAACAAACUUAAAAAAGUAGCUCUCAAGGUAAUUGCAGAAAACCUUUCUGAAGAAGAGAUUAUUGGGUUGAAAGAAAUGUUCAAAUCAAUGGACACUGAUAACAGCGGUACCAUAACUUACGAAGAACUGAAAGCGGGUCUUCCCAAACUCGGUACCAAGCUUUCCGAGACAGAAGUCAGGCAAUUGAUGGAAGCGGCGGAUGUUGAUGGCAAUGGAACAAUAGAUUAUAUCGAAUUUAUUUCUGCUACAAUGCAUUUGAAUCGUGUUGAAAGGGAAGACCACUUGUAUAAAGCCUUUGAGUACUUCGACAAGGACAACAGCGGAUAUAUAACAGUGGAAGAACUGGAGCAUGCCUUGAAGAAAUACAAUAUGGGUGAUGAGAAAACGAUAAAGGAGAUCAUUGCAGAAGUUGACACGGAUAAUGAUGGGAGAAUAAACUAUGACGAAUUUGCAGCCAUGAUGAGGAAAGGAAACCCGGAGAUGGUCACGAAUAGACGUCGUAAGUAAAACAAAAUUUGUUCUCCUGUUUUCCUCGUUCGCAUAACCCGAUAGCAGCACGGGGUUCCUGUUGGGUUUCUAAUGAAAAUCAUUACUCUUUAUCUAUUUAUAAACUAUUGUCUUGAGGGUGUGAACAUCCAUUUUUUUGUUGUGAGGGUACAUUUUUUCUUCUGGGGUCUAGUAAUUUGUUAUCCCUGAAGCAACAGACUGAUGCUUGUUAUAGAUAUUUAUAUAUAUUUAUAAUGUACGAAUUUAUUGUUUUUGAAA